CGUAUUAUCUAACCUCGAUCCACGCCAUGGAUCAUUUGAUAUACCUCUUGUUAUCGCCUUAAUAAUUUUUGCGACAAUUAUCGCAUUCAUCAGUUUUAGACUGUGUGUUGAUUUCGGUUGGGACAAUUACAAGAAAAUUGGCGCGGAUAUCCAAAUGCAAAAAAUGUAUAAAACUGUGCUUAUUUUUGUAUUGUUUCUCAAACUUGGUCUCUUCUUUGUUCUUUUAACUGCCAUUGAAGUUAUUGCAACUUUACGUGCUACUGACGUUCAAACUCAGAGGGAAAAUUAUUCUAUUUCUCUCUCUAAAGGCCUAUAUUAUUUCCAUUUGUUUGUAACAAUAAUGAUUCUUUUCUUAGAAAUACUUGCUUAUAGUUCGCUAAGGAGAGAGAAUAAACCAGGAAUGAUUUUGUACAUUAUCUUAUCCACUGUUACUUUUGUCGACUUUAUUAUCAUUUUUAAAGCUUCCAUAAAAGCACUUGAUCAGGCCUGGUACUUUUUUGUAGUAGUCG